AAAUGUGGAAAGACUUGUCAGCUGCCUGUUUCAAUGAUGUGCAAAUCAAUAGACUGCCCAUCAAUGUCUUGCAAGGGCUGAGGGCUAAACACUGUACCAAAAGGGCGAGACCAAAAGCAGAGCCUUUUGUGCCACCAACAGUGUCACUGGAGAGAUUCUCUGCCCUGAGAGCAAAGCUGUCAACAUUUUCCCAGGCACAUGCGGGGCCACCAGCUUUUACCCCGCCUGAUCAUAUGGCCUAGGAAGUCCAGCCAGCCCAACCCCCAAAGAAAGGAGACACAAUGCGAGUAGUAGCGGGCCGAGGACCGGUAUCUAAAGUUAAUAUUGGCCCCUUAAUUCGGAUACCUGUACAGAUACAAUUAAGUAAAAGUGAAAAGUCAAUUGAUACACUAUUAAACACGAGUACCCAGAUUUGCAUUUUAAAUUCCGCAGAUUGAAGGGGGAGAAAGGAACCCCUUAUCAAGUAAUUAGAGUCGGAGGCACCAGACAACCAGGACAUCUAGUCUGACAAACCUUCGCAUUACCCAAUGGCUCUAAGGUAACAGUGGCCGCAGUCAUACUUAAAGGGGGACCAAGCUUACUGGGACUUAAUGUACUGAGAGGACAGUGGUUUGCCCUUGAACAAGAGAAUUGGCAGUUUGAGCGCGCAGUACCUCACCGAGAACCAGAAGAAACAGCUGUAACAGCUGUAACUCGAUGUAGCAUGAUCCCACUAACCCUGCCUCCCAUGAAAGGAGUACACAGACCCCAGUAUCGAACUCCCCCCGAGGCCACCCAGCCUAUCCAGUGUAUCAUAAGUCAGCAGUUAGAAGACAGGACUAUUAUCCAAACCCACUCCCCACAUAACAAUCCAGUGUGGCCAGCGCGCAAGCCACAUGGAGGGUGGCGGUUGACUUUUGACUUUCGAGCUUUGAAUGCUAAUACUGACCCCUUAACAGCUGCCAUCCCAUCACUACCAGCCUUGACAGAAAGCAUCCGAAGUUAUGGACCCGUGUGGAUGGGAUCUGUUGAUAUCAAAGACAUGUUUUUUCCUAUUCCCAUCCAGGAGAGCCACUGGCCAGUAUUUGCUUUUGCGUGGAUAGGGCAACAGUAUACCUACACCGUGUUGCCCCAGGGGUGGAUACACAGCCCCACCCUGGCUCAUGGAGUUUUAGCUACAAUAGAUCAUGAAGUUCAAGAAAAGUACCCUGACGUACGCGUGUGGCAGUACAUAGAUGACGUUAUGGUAAGCAGUCAAGACAGAGAGGCUGCCAUCAAGUGCAGCCUUUGAAUCAUUGAAACAAAAAGUGCUUACCUUUGGAGUCACACUGUCUGAACAAAAAAUCCAAGAGGUCGGGCCCCAGUGUGAAUUUCUAGGACCAGAAUGGCAGAAUGGGGGGCCCACAAUACCAGCUGAGGAGCUGCGAAAUAUAGCAGAGACCUCGACUUCCACUAAUGUGAAAGAACUGCAAGUCCAAUUGGGAGCACUAAAUUUUUGGCGUAUGCAUGUUCCUGAGUUUAGCAUAUUGGCUCGUCCCUUGUAUAAUCUAUGUAAAAAGAGAACUAAAUGGGAAUGGGGUCCUGAGCAUAAAUAUGCCUUGCAAGCCCUUAAAGAAGCAGUAACUGUUCAUGCCUCUCUAGCAGCACGAUGUCCCGAAGGAGAGCUUUGGCUCCAUAUCGGUGUCUCGGAAGGAGGACCACACUGGAGCCUGUGGCAGAAAGGGUCCUCGGAAGCAGAAGGAAAACCCCUUGGAUUCUGGAGCCGAGGCAGGAGAGGGGCAGAAGCAAGGUAUACUCUCUGAGCCCAGAUGUUGUGUGCAGCAACAGCAGCCCUGGAAGCCACAGAAGCACUGAGAGGGGAAUUACCCACAGUUAUCACUACUCCGAUACCUAUCCUUGGAAUGGCUCUGCCAGAUCGCCAGCUACCACCUGGGGGGAGAGCCCAAAACACUGCGGUCCAAAGGUGGAUUUAUUACAUUUUGAGCCAAGUCCAAUGAGUAACCCCACAAGGACACCCUGCAUUAGUUAAAAGAGUCACUGAAAGUACAAUUAAUGUUUAUCCUGAUCAAACAAGCUGCAGUGAACCUUCACCCAUCAAAGAAGCACCUCCUUUCUCACCUGAAAUGGAAACCUCAGCCGAUGUUGAAGUCUGGUUUACAGAUGGGUCUGCUCGAGGUCGUGCCUGGAGAGCAGCCGCCUUGAGGAUUCGAGAUGGCAAGCAAAUAGUAUCACACGGCCUUGGAAAAAGCGCGCAGUAUGCCGAGCUCCAAGCAGUGCUCGGUGUGGCUGUGUGGGAGUUAAUACAGGGUCCGCGUCCUAGAAGGCCCAUCUAUAUUCAUUGUGACUCCUGGAUGGUAGUAGAAGGAUGUACUAAAUGGCUACCCCUAUGGAAUAAAGAGGACUUUAAAAGACGAGGACAAGACAUUUGGAGCCACGAAGAGUGGAAAGCCUUAUGGGAGUUAGCCCAAGAUAAACUUCCUCUACACAUGCGACAUGUGAGUGCAGCACAUGGAAAUAAGGCAGGAGAAGGCCCAGAGGCAAAGUGGAAUAGGCGAGUUGAUCAGCUAACAAGAGAGGAGAGCGCUGAAACCUUGUAUGUUGAAGAAAAAGAUAAAGUGGCUAAUCCAUCGCUACCCAACUCCUCCUCCCACGGUACACCUGGGGAACGAGCCGCAGAAUGGCUACAUCGACAACAUGGACACCCCGGGCGUGACGGAACCGCCCGCCUGGCCGCAUCUUGGGGCAUUCAUGUAACUAAGAAAAAGCACAAGAAAUAGUCGACGCAUGCAUCACUUGCCGUGAAGUAAAAAUGCGAUUAAAACCCUGCCCGACUGUCCUGUUGUCAUUACGUGAAGGAAAGGUAGCAUGGCAGGUAUGGCAAUGUGAUUUCAUAGGCCCCCUCCCUCGGACUUCCCGAAAGCGACAGUAUGCAUUUGUGGCUGCGGAAGUUGUCACAGGAACGACAUUUGCCCAUGCCUCACCGAGAGCUACAGCCCAGGAUGCUUGUGCAGCACUGGAAACUCUGCUAGCUGUGUAUCCACCACCUACAGAACUACACAGCGAUGAUAGUCCUCACUUCCGCAAUCAUCUUGUGUAUGGUGGGACUGCAAAACAUAGCAUGUUAUGGACGUAUCACAUCCCAUACCAUCCGCAGUCUAACGGAUUGGUAGAGCAAGCCAAGGGCAUCCUCAAAUGUAAUUUGCAGGUAGCCGCUGGCCCAGCUCUUAAAGACUGGGACUUGCACCUGAAUCGAGCUAUCAAUUGGGCCAAUAACCGACCCCAUCCGGGAGGUAGCCCCAUGCAACAGGCCUUUGGAUUGGGUGGUCCCCGGGAGCCGGCAGUAGAGCGACCUAGGGCUGGUGACCCGGGAAAGCUCCAGGCAGGAGAUCGGGUAGUAGUGAAGCAUCCUCAAAGAAAUAAAUGGGAGGGGACACUAUUAGCAAACGGUAUGCAUAAUACAUGGUGGAUAUUUAAGUCAGAUUUAUCUCACGGGAGCCAAGCUCCUUGUUGUCUUGUUCCUACAGAUUAGAUGUGUCCACAAGUGCAGCCAUAACCAUUUCUAAUUGAGCCUGCCACUGAAGACGAGUCCUGCUCUGUCACCGGUCUGAAUCGACUGGCACCAUGAAGUGGUGGACUGUUAUGAAUGUACUCUUUUUAUGAACGCCUUAUUGUGUCUCCUGGGUAGGGCGUGUCUACUAUCCUUCUUAUUACCCAGAUAUUAAUGAACUUGCUCCUGAAGACCUCAAGGAGUGGCCUGACCCUGGAGAGCAUCCCCCGGAAACGCGUUCAGAUGGCCUUCACGUGGUCCAGCUGCAGUAUCCAUACUAAAAGAAACCUGCCACCCCGGAGCAGGUGAAGUCCUGGUCUCUGAGUAGAAGAAACAUGAUAGUUGACUCGCAAGGUGGUAACUGUCAGUACACCUGUGGCACCAGUUAUUAUCUUGGGUUCAUUCCCUACCUGAAGGCUGAAAUGGCUAACUGUGGGAGAGGAGGGGAUUGUUGUAGCUCUGCUCAUUUAAAAAUGUGUUGUUACAUACUUCCUGAGGGGAACCCCGUUGAGCUCAACGCCCCUGAGUUUGUGUCCCCAAUAGUGCGUUCUGCAUCUGUUCAGCCUCUCGAGCCACUGCGCUUAUGGGAGGAUCUCCCCCUCCCAUCCCUAUGGCUGACAACACUCUCCAGGGAUGGUGUGAGACCCACAAGUAGGAGAGCGCAUCACAGGUUGGAACAAAGUUAUUACAUGGUUUGUGAAUCAUACCUACACAGAGGUGUGGUCGUAUGGUACCCACUUUAACACAACCAGAAGAAGGCUGUAUCCACAAGUCUCCACCACUUAUCCUCAUCCUUUUAUACCAGUGAAGUUCCUAAAGCAAAUUAGUGCUAUGAUUCUGCCAGAGCAGUGCCGUUUCAUUAACCCGAUACAGCAUCAUCCCCAUGAACGACAGUGGGAGCUCUUUCACUCUCUGGGAAGUGAAGCAUGGCUACAGGCUCCCAAAGAAGGAAGAGGCAGCUCUAUGAAAAGGAUUAGUUAGCUGUUGCCUGGAUCAGGCCCGUGGACCUCAAAGAGCCCAAGAACUGCAUGCCAGGGUCCUUUCCCGGUACCCAUUUGGACAGUGUCGUUCAGGGACGCCUGGCUUCGCUGAAGUUUGUGGAAAGAGAAGCUCACUGUGUACCAGGCAUCAGAGGGGACUGCCGAUAAGUUGCCAAUGCAAAUUGCUUUUGUCUGUCACUGUUUGUCUUGUUACUACACAUACUUGUGUUUUUGUUAAGUCAAUAAAUCUUUCUUACCUUUCUACCCCCGAACACACUCUCAAUCCUGAACCCUCUGCAGGUGGCUGGGACAGUGGCAGGCAAGAUAGAGGGUGCCUCUAGGGCAAGACUGGCAUGAUUAAGGAGGCUACGGGAAACACGGCCACCCCUAGGGCCCCCACCCUGCUACAGACGCGCUCCGACUAGAAUGGGACAGAAGGCAGAAGCAAGUGGUGCUGAGCCUGGACCUGGAAAAGGCCAAUGACAGAGUGUCACACUGACUUCUCUUCAAGAUGCUGAGAUGAAUGGGCAUCCCCUCGACCUUCACCAGCUGGAUAAGGACCCAAGCAGCAAGGUGCUGGUCAACAGGUUCCUGAGCACGUGGAUCGCGAUAGAGUCGGGGUCCGGCAGGGCUGCCCACUCUCCCCGAUUCUUUUCCUCGACGCCGUUGACCCCUUGGCCCAGCACAUCAGGCAAGAACCUGGGAUGCACCGAGUCCAGAUCCCUGAAGGAAGCAAGGAAAAGAUCAAGGUCCUGGCCUACAUGGACGACCUGAACAUCCUGUGCCAGAAUAAGUGUGCAGGAGGAAGAGCCCUGUGGCGCACAUGGUUUUAUGAAGUGGCAGCAGGCGCCAAGCUCAACAUGAGCAAAACCCCUGCCUGGCCGUAGCCGAGCUCGGGGACCUGGAGGCCCCGGGGUCUCAGUCCCCUGUGAGAGGUCAAGAUCCUCACGGUCCGUUUUGACCCUGAGCUAAGCAGAGGCAGAGCGUGUGAGAAGGAGGCCAAGGUGAAGCAGAGGAUGGGUUGGUGGCAUGCGUGCCACCUCCCCAUGGGGGGGGACGCGUGGUGCUCAUGAAGGCAGUGAUGCUACCAGUGCUUCUGUACACCGCACUGGUCUCCCCACAUCUCCCAGGUGUAUCACCCACGCAGUCCAGCAACCAUGUGCAUUUCUUCUGGGGAUCCAGUAUGGAGAAGGUGGCAAGGAAGAUCCUAUACAAAAAGAAACAAACUGGGGGCAGGGGGAUGCCAGACAUCCACCUCUUCCUGCGGGCAAGGUAGAGGAGCCAGAUCUGCAAGCUCGCGACCGGGCCAGCAACCAAAACAGCCUGUCUUGUCAAGUAUUUUACAGGUCACCUCCUGAGGGAGUGUGGGGAAAGGUAAGCCGGCUCCUGGAGGGAGUGACAGGAGUCAGGCUGAUGACGAGGGAGGCGACGCUGUACAGACGCUUGACCAAACAUCUGGGGUCCCCGACAACCCGCUUCGACCCGUUUGUGUCCUGCGUCGGGAGCGCCCCGUGGCAACGCAGGAACCUCCUCACGUACAGACACAUGAACCGCGGGGAGCAGAGUGUUAAAAUGUUUCUGAGCAAACUCCAGUCCUACUACCGGAAAUCGGUGGGACAGGAUGGAGAAGACACAGCCAACUCCACCUGGAAAAGAGACACUUGGCACAGGCUGUUCAAAGACCCCUGGAAGGAGAACCGGACAGGGAGAACGAAGAGGACAGUGACACAACCGGACCUGGAGACGGCGAGAUGGACGACAACGGGACCAGCAGCAGCGGAAGUGACAGCGACGGGAACAAGGACUGUGAACGAAGUCAGAAGGGAAACCCCAAAUCGGGGCUUGGUGUAAGGAACUGUGAUUGGGCCGCUGUCCUGGGCUCCUGCCUGCAGCCGGCGCCGGCCCAGAGCCACAUCGCCCUCACCCCUGACCCGCCGCCAGCCCCGCAGGUCGGGGGCGCCGUGACCUUGGCCCUGCAGCCACCGCAGAGCCUUGCGGUCUGCAUCUGGUACCGCGGGACUGAGACCGUAUUAUCCGCCGAGAUCUUGACCUACGUCCAGGGCACUGGCCAGAGAAACGGCUCCAGCUACACGGGGCGCGAGACGGGGCGGCCCGACUGCUCCCUGCACAUCACGGGGUUAAUGCUGAACGACUCCAGCCCCUAUUCUCUGUGGCUGCCCACGACAGGCUCCCUUGUCUCGGUGACCUUGGCAGUGUAUGAGAUGCUGUCGCAGCCCAAGGUGUUAUCCUCCAACUUCACUGUGGUGGAGAACAGGACCCUGAAGCUCACAUGCGAAGCCCCCCCCAGCACCGAGACGCUGCUGUGGGACUGCGACGGCUCUGUCCUUGUGCCCGGCGGCCGUGUGGAGCUGUCCCCAGGGAACCAGACUCUGACGGUGCCGGGGGUCGGCCGGGACGACGCUGGUAAUUACACUUGUGAGGUCAGGAACCCCAUCAACACAGUGCACAGUGAGGGGGUCAUUGUGACCGUGAUCUAUGGUCCGCUCACUGCCCACAUCUCCCCGCCGAGGCCCCUGCACCUGCUACUCGGUGACAAUGUGACCCUGACAUGUGUGGCCGACUCAUUCCCGGCCCCGCAGUUCCACUGGUCCCACAAUGGGUCUGAUCUGGUCCCAGCCCUGACCAGUGCCGUCCUGAGCCUGGCGCUGAGGGGCGCAGAGCAGACGGGUGUGUUCGAGUGCCACGCCACCAACCCCCACACGGGCCGCAGCGCCACUGCCUCUGUCUCUGUCGCCCUGGGGCCAGGGCAGCAGGCAGAUCCCAGUCUCUCAGCCGGAGCUGUGGCUGGGAUCACGCUGGCAGCUGCAGCGCUGGGGGGGGCCCUGGCCUAUGUCUUAUUCCGACACUGUCGGAGGAAGAAGACACCACAAGGCAGCACGGAUCCCCCCCCGGUGUAUGAGAACGUGAACCCCCCGGCCUGUGUGAGGGCAGCGGCCCAGCCCGGGAGCUCCCCCGACCCCACCUACCAGACGCUGCAGCCCGGCACCAGGGACCUGUACCAGGAGCUGAGGACCUGAGCAAUGCCCCCCCAGCCCAGUGCAUGCUGGGACCUCAGUGUACUUGACCCCUGCACUGUGAACAAAUACAGAAAACCCUUGCUAUUUGCA